AUGUCUAAAUUAUUGGGUUGUGUAUGUUUAUUAUGCAUAUGAGAAUACGAAUGUUUAAUGCAAGCCAAUAAGAAGCCAGAUUAUUCUCAAUAUAUAAAUGCUACAUAUUAAAUUUAUGCGUUAAUCAUACAUUUUGUCGGCGGAAAUAUGCUCAGCAAAGUUUGGUUGACCAUCAUAUCAGCAAUUGUAUUGUAUAUCAUGUGUCUACCACAGUGUGAAUCAUCAUUCCUCUGGGAGCUUUUCUGUCAUUGGUUUAAACACUGGUGCACCGAGGAUGCAAAAGAAGCUGUGGACACUGUUUUGAAGGCUGUUGGUGGAGAUGGGUCGAGCUCUGUAAGUCAUUAUUAUUUAAAACAGUUUUGCUAUUGCCAUGAGCGUUCUCGGCUUGUUUUGUGAAAUCACUCUCUCGAAGGAUAUCCACCUGAACAUAGAACAAUGAUGAUCAAAACAAGUGAUUCAACCAAGAGACUGAUUUCAACGAAUUUAUUAUCAAGCCAUUCAAUCGUAUUCAAAUAUAUAUAUAUAUAUAUAUAUAUAUAAUUUAAGGAAAUUAUAUCCGGUGAGGGAACUUUGAACUGUUUUCGGUAUUUUUCGCUUGUUCCACUUUACAUUUCUAAAUCAAUUCUGUUUUGUUACGUUAAAUUCUAUGUUAUCAAAUUUCACACAGUAUUACGCAACGCUUUUAUUUGAUUUGUCUACUAAUCCUAUCAUUUCACGUCACUUCCAAGUUUUAUACAUUCUAUGAAUUAUUAUAUGUAUAUAUAUAUGACAUUAAUUGUUUUGCCACUUGAUGUUUAAUUAUGAAUAUAAUCACAAAUAUUUUAAUUGUAUUUCUUGCAUUAACACCUAUGAUUCAAUUCCUUAACCGGAUAUAACUAUUUAGAAACUAUAUAUAUAUAUAUA